AUUUUAAUGAGCUGUAUGACAAAACUAAACGAAGCGAAUCGGUGUACUUAUGUUCAUCUGUCAUUUAUUCCUUAUCACACGGCCAAUAACGGCUGUAUUUAAAGUUGUAUCUAAUAUUUACAGCGAAAAAAAUUGUGUUUAAUAUAUGUGAAUGCAGUAGCUUCUUAGAAACAUCGUUCGUCGGUGCACACGUAUUGUGUGGUUAAGUGUGUUGGCUAUGUACUCUCUGUAAUUUUUAACAGAGGCUUUUAUCAAAUUAGGAGUGAAGUGACUCGCAUAUGUAAGGACUUGAAGAGGCAUCAAAUUCCGGGAAAUGGCAGCAAUGAAUCCGUACGCUUUCCGGGGAUGGCAUCUUCCUUCAUACGCGGACGGUGCGAACUGUGACAGGAAUUAUCAUAUGUAUGGAUCCUGGCCUCAUUCCGGGUACUUUCCCCCGGGAUCAGUGUACUCACUGCAGGCGGACACACCCAAACAACACAGCAACAAUGACUGGAAGCUCAACAGUCUGUGCACAACGUCAUCAGAAGAUAAUUCUUGGAGGGCCCCGGAGGUUCCGGCUGCACUGGACCUUAACAAAUCGGGAGCUGUGUCUGCCUAUCCUUCUCUGUGUCAAAGAGAACAGCCCAUUUCAUGGAAAAAUUAUAUGCAACAGAUUCAUUUACCAUCAACGACACUUGCCCCCACCGCAGUCACACUCAGGAAAAGAAGACGCCCGUACUCCAAAUUCCAAAUCGCAGAACUUGAACGCGAAUACAAUAAUUCAACUUACAUAUCUAAGUCCAGGCGAUGGGAACUUUCACAAUUAAUAAACCUCUCAGAACGCCAGAUCAAAAUCUGGUUUCAAAACAGAAGGAUAAAGGCCAAGAAAGUGUCAAAACGGGACGAUCCGCCCCCCAAAACGCAUUCAUCGUGUAUGCAACAGCAGCAACCCAUGAGCCACUGAAGGAAAUAUUUGAAAAUAGGGAACAAUGACAUUGCAGGAUCUUGCUUGUUAAGUCAAGAGCACAUCCCCGUAGCUCCUGGUUCAUUGUGGCUCUAUACUAUUUUACCAAAGAAUAAACACGCUGAAUACCUCAGUCGAAAGAAGUGAGUGAAAACACAGCUCCCUUAGGGAAUUCCUAUCAUGGCUGCAGGCAUCGAAAUCUCGGGAGGGUCACGUGUCUCGGGAGAAAAUAAGCGAACAACAUGUCACUUGAAGUCGCACAGGUUUCUCUUGGCUGGUUUUGUAGUAUUAUUUUGAAUGUUCUCUUGAUGCAAGAAAACUGUGUGAACUUUAGUUGUCUCAUGACGAUUUUACACUUUGUAGAAAGGUCCCAAUUUUUUGACAGUGCAGUUUUAAUCUGCUUGUCGUAGAAUAUGUCUAACGAUGUGAUUUAUCAAUUACUUUAUUGACUCACUUGUGAUUUGUCCAAAGAUAAAAUGUAUUCUAUAAAUGAAUAGAUGAAUAGAAAUGAAAUAUAAUAUAAAUAUUAUAAACAA